GAGAUGUGUUUCUUGCUAGGUCUGAGGUUUACUCUGACUGUUUUUGGGGGAGGUCACAGUGGAAGGACCCAGUGGGCGUUAGGACCUGGCCGCAGUGCUGGAGAGAAGCGAAUCCCUCGGACUCACCGUGAUGACCACAACCACGUGGUGAAGUCAGUCCUAUAUAAACCUCUCUCUCCAACCGGCCGCCUUCAGAUGUGCAUGUGUGUGCUGGCACGGGGACCGUAGUUUUCCCGCAGAAGGAACAGAGGAGUGCGCAAACUGAGGAGGAAAUCGCUUUUGCCUGCUCAUAAGGUAGUUUAUCCCAUCACUCCGUACUCUUCUUCUCUGUCAGGCAAGUUUAGGACGCGUGAGACAGGUCCAGCUUUAUUUUCUUCAGCAUCUGCUGGAGCCAGACGCGAGGAGGAGGAGAGGAGAGGCGAUGCGCCUUGCGGAGUGAGCUGAGGCUUUCCCUGGACCUCCACAUCUUCUCACACGGCGAGGGCGAGUGAUUGUGCGGCGCUUUGGAGAGAGUUCGCGGCGCUCUGAUGCGGUGGAGGUGCGCGCAGAAAGCCCGCAGACGACGCGUCUGUCAGAAAGAAAGCUUUGAGAAGCAGACACUUUUGAUGGCCAAAUCAAUGGCUCUUAUAGUGCCUCGUGAUUCCGUGCACUUGCUAUGAAGUGAUUUGAAAUGAAGAUCUUAGUUUGGAUCUGACAGACCAUUUCGUGUUGGCACCUCGGAUGGAUUUGCAGGAACAAUAAACAAAGACGUUUGCAAUUGAUAAUAGCGUGCGCAAAAAAAAAAAAGUUACAUUUGGCUUCGCCAUCGAAAUGACUGGGCUUCUGCGUGACUUAAUUCAUUAAUUAGCAUUUUCAAACUCGCUUCAGCUUCCAAAACAAAAGCACAAAAUGAACUUGUACGUCUUGAGCCUCCUUCUGACCUUGGAUUUAGCCACAGUGGCCGUCAGUCUAUCCACAUGCAGCACUCUGGACAUGGAGCAGUUCAAAAAGAAGCGGAUCGAGGCCAUCCGCGGUCAGAUCCUCAGUAAACUCAAGCUGAGCUGUCCCCCCGAGAUCUACCCCGAGCCCGAGGAGGUGUCCCGGGACAUCAUCGCCAUCUAUAACAGCACGCGAGACCUGCUGCAGGAGAAAGCCAACGAGCGCGCGGCCACCUGCGAGCGACAGCGCAGCGAGGAGGAGUACUACGCCAAAGAAGUGCACAAGAUCGACAUGCAGCCCUUCUACCCCGCAGAGAAUUUCAUCUCUUCAACGCAUUUCAACCCGUACUUCAGGAGGCUCAGGUUUGACGUGAGCUCCAUGGAGAAGAACGCCUCGAACCUGGUGAAGGCAGAGCUCAGGAUCUUCAGGCUGCAGAACCCAAAGGCCCGUGUGUCUGAGCAGCGCAUCGAGCUUUACCAGAUCUUAGGUCACAAGGACCUGACGUCCCCCACGCAGCGCUACAUUGGCAGCAAGGUGGUGCGCACCCGCACGGAGGGAGAGUGGCUGUCGUUCGACGUGACGGAGGCCGUCAGCGAGUGGCUGCUGCACCGAGACAGAAACAAUGGAUUCAAGAUCAGCCUGCACUGUCCCUGCUGCACAUUUGUGCCGUCGAAUAAUUACAUCAUCCCCAACAAGAGCGAGGAGCUGGAGGCGCGCUUUGCAGGUAUAGAUGACAGCUUUGUGCAAGGAGGGGAUCUGAAGAUGUUUAAAAAGCGGCGUCAGAGCGGUCAGUCUCCGCACCUGCUGCUGAUGCUGCUUCCCUCAUACCGGCUGGAGUCACAGCACAAGAGCCACAGACAGAAACGUGCUCUGGACGCGGCCUUCUGCUCCAGGAAUGUGCAGGACAACUGCUGUUUACGCUCUCUCUACAUCGACUUCAAGAAGGAUCUGGGCUGGAAGUGGAUCCAUGAGCCCAAAGGCUAUAACGCCAACUUCUGUGCAGGAGCCUGUCCGUAUCUGUGGAGCGCAGACACCCAGCACAGCAACAUCCUUGGCCUCUAUAACACCAUCAAUCCAGAAGCGUCUGCAUCUCCUUGCUGUGUGUCUCAGGAUCUGGAACCCCUCACGAUCCUUUACUACAUUGGAAAAACCCCCAAAAUCGAGCAGCUCUCCAACAUGAUUGUCAAGUCCUGCAAGUGCAGCUAGGAACCGAUCAGCUCCGUUUCCAAGAACACGCAUUCACUCAAACAAACACACAGUAAUUUAAAACCCAAUCACACACGUGCUGCGCAGGGUGUCCAGGUACAGCAGAGUAAUUCCUACAAACUCUCACAAACCACAGCACACAUCUGAAUGUGUGAACUUGUGCUGGAAACGGCCCUGUCGGCAUGUGUCACAUCACCCGCUCAUCACUCUAUGGAUGUGAGUUUGGCAAACACUGGAAGUAUGUGAUCUAUAUGUGUCUAUAUGUGAAGCAAGUGGAAGGGAAAGUCCCUUGUUCCAUUUAUUUCAAACCAACACUUCUGUUUUUGUUGUUGAUUUUGUUCCCCUCAGUAAUACGGAUAUUGUUUGUUUGGUAAUAUAUAAAACCCAUGAUGUUGUUCACCAAUACUGGUGAAGAGCUGGAAACUUCUGGCAAACAGUACAGAUGUCACAAAUGAACUUUGAGUUUGGCGCAAAUGAAGCGUUUUUGGAUUGGGGUUGGUGACAGAAAGAUGAAAUAUUGCGGAAAGUUAAUGCAAGCCUCAGAAAGACAUAGUUUAAGCCACCUUACAUGGAGUAAAAAAAGGCCAAGAACAAUAAGUCAUGUUGUUUCUAGCAGCCAAAGACAUUUUGUUCCAUUGCAAACACAAACAUUCUUUACACAAAUACGCAACUGCACACGCAAAUGCUGCAAAGCAAAACCAUUGCAUUUUUGUAUCACUGGCAGAAAAAAACAGUUUCCAUCAAAUAUCUGCACCAUUAAUCCAAAUGUUUUAUUAUGCAGAUAGCUGGAUAUAAACAUGCUCAGAAAGAUUCUCUUCAAACUUUUGCUCUGCCACAUGACAACAAUUGACCUGGCAGAGAAAGGUAUGUUAGUCCACUGUAGCGCCCCUGAGAAUGCAACAUGUACGUGUGAUAUUUAGUUGUGUUUCAGAACUUAACAGCAUGUGAAACUAAGUUUGCAAAGCAAGACGUGUGUAUGAUUGUGUACGUAUUUGUGGAAGAACUUUAAACGCCUUAUUCUGAAGUUAAAAAUAUUUGUACACAAAUUUAUGUCAAGCUAGCUCUUAACACAACACCAAUGUAGUGAAAUACAGAAAAGUUUUUCCCUUGCAUUUUUUAAAAGUUUCAGUUAUACACGACAACAUUUUCAAAAUGAUUCACGGUUACACAUAUCAGCACAAAUGGCCAAAAACGCAGUAAUACGUAUGCCAGGCCAGUAGUUGGCGUUGUCACCUUGUAAGUAAACAGUAUCAGUAGGGAAGUGACGAUUAUAUGAUGUUUGUGAUGCGUCUCUGCUGCUGGUUGUAAUAUUGAGUAAAUUGACACUUUGCUGAAGAAGCGUUUGCAAACUCUUGAGCAGCAACAACAGUACCAUGCACUCCGCCACUGUUGUGUAUGUAAAAUCAACACAUACCGCGUAUGUCUAUACGUAGCAUUUACUACGCAUGCGCAUGACGUCACCGUUUUCAAAGAUUCCUGUAUUGGGUGUUCACACGGAAACGACUUGCACUUCGAAACCCAUUUUCAAAAAUGUGCGUUUUCAGUCCCUAAAAUGCUGUCUUCGUGUAAACGAACUGACAAAACACAUAAAAAGUUUCCAGUUUUUGGCCGAAAAUGUUGUGUAAAUGGCCCCUUAUUCUUCACAAAGUUAGUUCCUUUAGGACCGUCUUUACUGUAUUUUAAGGUGAUGCUGUUGCAGUGUAAUAUGUACUAAGUAAUAUUAAUUAACAAAAUGUACUUACAUGUAAAUAUGCCACCUUAAAAUAGUGUUUGCAUGGUUUGAAAACAAUUCACAAAUUAAAACAGCUGCAAACAGCCACAGUUUUGUGAAAAAGCAGGCAUUUCUGAAAAGAAUGUGCAAAGCUAUACCAGAGCAUGUUAAAGUGCCUGGUUAAACUGGAAUUAUGGGUUGGUAAAUUGGCAACUUCUUUAAUUCACACCAUGGUCCCUUAUAAGAGCAGGUGAAGCUGUGAUGUCACCAACUCGGCAGUGUUGACAGGAAGUGAUAUCAUCAGACUGGUACAGAGACUGAAUUUGCAAUAGGUAUGUUUGCAUGCACUACUCGGAAUCAAUCCAGAUUCAGAAAUCAGAUUCUCAAAGCUCUGUUUACGCUUACUUAUUUGUUUACAUGUGCAUUACAUUAAUUCCAAACAAAAAAAAUAGCGCAUACACAGUUACCAGUCACCACAUUGAGAACAUUUUUUUAAGCAAAUAUUAGAAAAUAUUCAGUCUCCUCCACUGACCAGUUUGUUUUACAGAACACAAAUAAAUUUUAUGUAUCAAACUCUGUCAAAUCAUUUGCAUGAAGACUUUUGAGUCUGAUUGAGCCAUCGAUCCAACUCUAAACAGAUCGUUGGGGUGCAUGUAAAUGUUGCUAUUGAUGUGAGAAGAGUGAGUUGCUUUUGUAAAGUCAGAUUUUGAUGAAAGGAUUUGAAGAAUGUGAACAGACGUGUAAGUGAGAGAUGGUAACCCACAUGUUGUGCAGAGGCCAGCUUGACGAAUGCACUGCAGCCGCCGUGGACACUGACGGCCAUAACGCUUAUCAUGGAGAAAUUGUUUCUACACAUCUCAAAAGUCUUCCUGAAUUUGUGAUUUUUUUUUUCUCUCAGAGAAAGUGAUCCUUUGUUACGAAGAAUUGCACUGACUUUUUUUUAUUUCUACAUUUUUUGUUUGUUGGUUUUUAUUCGUAGUUAUAGCUUCACUCACAUAACAUGAGCUGAUGAUGUGAGUGGCUUCUAGGUGGAGGUUCCCCUUUUAACUAGUCCUUAUCUUAACCAGUGUUAGAGAGAAACUGGUAGCAGAUCAGAUUAAAAGAGCAACGUCCAUUCAUGCCCAAGAUUUUUAGGUGACACUUAUUUUAUUUGUAUUAGGGCAAGAAUGACUUCCUGAAGACGCAGGAAGCGGAAGGAGACACCAGCAUUGUCACACUAGAGCUGUUUAUUGUUAUUGUUGUCUAUGAUGAUGAUGAUGAUGAUGAUGUUGAUAUUGUUGACCCACUAUGGUGUAUUGUAAAACAUUACUGUUGUGAUGCUCUAGUGGUAAAUAAAUUAUUUAAGUGACAAGUGA